UAGUUGGUGGUUAGACGACAUGUACCUGAAAGUGCGGCUGCCUCUGCCGAUCAACUCCAACCCUGGCAUGGUGUUUCCGCGCCGCAAGUUUGCCAAGAUGGAAGAGGUGGCUGAUCUCGGAGCGUUGUUCAUCGACGAUCUAUUGGACUACAAGGAAAUGUUGGACAGGGGCGAGCUUCCUCUGGAAAGAGCAACUAGCCGUGAAAAGGGUCAGCCGCUGUGCAUGGAACAAUUCUACCGCCUGCUGGGCGUAUGUCGCAUCCCUGAAAUGGGAAGAGAUAGGUUAGAUCUCCCAAAGAUUAAAAACGGGACCGAAGAACAAGAGGAGCUCGUUGUUGUAGCUUGCAGGAAUUAUUUUUAUCCAAUCCCAGUGAAAGCAAUGGAUCGCGGGCGGCUUACUCCAGGAGAGAUCCAAGCGCAGAUCCUUCACGCCAUGGUAGACGCGUCUGCAGCUCCGCCAGCACCCAGAGUCGGGCUCCUCACUUCCAUGAACAGGGACCAGUGGGCCAGAGCUAGAGAGCAGCUUAUUAGAGAUGAGAACAACCGCUCCAAUCUGGAACUGAUAUCGCGCGCGCUAUGCAUCCUCUGCGUGGACGAGGCUGGGGGAGACCGGGCCGACACUGACGAACAGACAAACGCAAUGCUGCGAGCCAUGCACGGCGCCGGCACCAGACACCACUCCGCCAACCGCUGGUUCGACAAGACUGUGCAGCUCAUCAUCUCAUCUGACGGCACGGUGGGAAUGUGUUACGAGCACAGCGCGGCUGAAGGCGUGGCCGUCAUCAGGUUGGCGGAGCGGGCACUGGCUAGGGCUGAGGUGGCAGACAGGCCAGCCCCGCCGCCGGCGCUGCUGCCAGCCCCUCAGGCUAUGAAGUGGAACAUCACGGGUGAUGUGCAGAGGACUAUCGAGCAGGCUGCUAGGGACUUGGAUCGCGCCAUCUCGGACCUGGAUUUCAAGGUGUACACGUACCGCGGCUACGGACGUGUUAUGAAGUCCUGCAAGACCAGCCCUGAUGUCUACAUCCAGCUGGCAUUGCAGUAUGCUUAUUACAAGAUGUAUGGUUAUCUAGUGACGACAUACGAGUCAGCAUCUCUACGCCGCUUCCGGAACGGCAGGGUGGACAACAUCAGAUCUGCCCACAACGGAGCCCACGCGUGGGCAGCGGCCAUGUGCACCGCUGAGACCCCCCCACUGAAUGAAGCCAACGAUGAUGGGCAGAAGAAAGUGUCCUUUAACUUGUAUGGGGAGCAAAAGAAACUUGAGCUGUUCGAAGAAGCAGCACGCAAGCAGACAUCGAUCAUGGAGGCUAACAUCCUAGGCCGAGGAAUCGACAACCAUCUCCUGGGGCUGAGAGAGGCGGCGCGGGAGUCUAUGGGAGCGUUGCCACCGCUGUUUAACGAUGAUACUUACAAGCAGAUGAUACAUUUCAAACUGAGCACUAGCCAGGUGGCGACUACAACCGAAGGCACUUUCAUGGGGUACGGCGCAGUGGUGCCAGACGGCUACGGCUGCAGCUACAACCCGAAGAAGGACUGCGUCAUAUUCUGCAUUUCCUCAUUCACGUCCUCCAGCGUCACUAACACCGAGGCUUUCCGUCUCCUUGAGGAGGCUCUUGACUCCAUGAAACUCAUGUUCCAGGCAAGGAAAGUUGAAAACUAAUCUAGCAUUUAUAUAUUUUAGUAAAAAGAUCUCACACUAUUAAAACGUUUUAGUAAAAGAUUAAUAGAUAGUACAUGAAGUAUUAACAAGAAAAAAAAAAUUUAAUGCAAUGGACUUAAAAAGUAAAUUAUUAGGAAAAUUCCUUCAAUGUAUUCAGAUUUUAUGAUGGCGAAUACGUAUUAUGCAUUAAUAUUAUAAGGAUCGAUACAUAUCAAAAUUGACUAUUGGAGUUAAGGUAUACACGUAGAAAUUAAAUUUAAAGAAUUUAUAAAAUAUUAGCUUCAACUGUGUGCAAUUAUAUUAAACUGAUUUGAAAAUUAUUAUGAAAUGUAUUGCGCUCAAAGUGAGCAGUAGUUCUACUAUACUUACAAUGUUUUUUAAUUAUUAAUAUCAUUUGAGCUGUAACGUUAUUAAUAAAAUAAUAAUUUUAUUAAUUAAAAUAUUAGUUAUGAUAUUCUAAAUAUGAAUAGGAAAUUGAUUGAACCGUCACUAAUAACUUUGAAGUUAACAACAAACUAUGUAGUUUAUAAUAUACCUAUAUAAGCGAAGUAAGUAAAACAAAAUUAUCCGUCACGUAUCAAACAAUUAUAAAAUUUGGAAACCCGAUAAAAACAAUCAAUACUCAAGUUGCUUUUAAGAAAUAAGUAAUUAACGAGUGAAGCGAAUUAGAUUCGUUUCAAUAAAUAAAAAUCAACAAAGUUACGACUGCAGGAAAAUUAUUGUUAAAAAAUUAAAAAUCAACUUUUCACAAUUAAAAAUAUCGCGCUUGAUAUGCUUACAGUAUUUAAAUAUUAAAUUAAAAUCGCUUAG